UAUUGACGUACCUGAAUCGAUCUAGUCUCAGUGAUGGAGUACCAUUUGCGCCAGAACCGUCGUCUUUUGAUCUUUCGAUCUUUUUUUGACACGGCGAUAACAUUAAUAAUAACAUAGCCCAACUCAGCAAAGAUUUGGACUAAAAUCGGAGUGAUAUAUUUCCAAUUGUGUUCAGAGUCAAGAGUAGAAAUAUUUCAAAGAAGUUUAACAGUUCUGGUCCCGAGAUGUCCACUCCAACCUUACGCGAACAAUGGAACGUGCAAGCAUCGGAUAUCGGCAGAAGGACGCACAAUCCCAUACGGUCCAUUGUAGAGAACAUCGUGGUUGAACCGAAUUCUACAAAACCCAUGAUCUCAUUGUCUAUCGGCGAUCCCACAAUAUUUGGCAACUUGAAACCACCAAAGGAAGUGACAGAAGCUGUUCAAGAUAGCCUUCUUUCUGGAUUAUAUAAUGGAUACGCUCCCAGUACAGGUUAUCAGAGCGCGAAGGAAGCUGUGGCAGAAUACAGUUCCACCGAAUUUCUAAACGUGAAAUCUGAGGACGUGAUCCUUUGCAGUGGAUGUUCCUGUGCAUUGGAUCUCUGCAUAACAGCUAUAGCACGGGAAGGCCAGAAUAUCCUGAUACCACGACCUGGAUUUUCGAUCUAUCGAACAUUGGCAGAGGGUCUCGGGAUCACCGUAAAAUCGUACGAUUUACGUCCUGAACUGAACUGGGAAAUUGACUUGGACGACUUGGAAUCGCAGAUUGAUGAAUCGACAGCGGCCAUCAUUAUAAAUAAUCCUUCCAAUCCAUGCGGAUCUGUGUUCAGCAGGGACCAUAUACUUGACAUUCUGGACGUGGCAGCUCGAUACUACGUCCCUAUUAUAGCUGAUGAAAUUUACGAACACAUGGUUUUCCCGGGACAGAGUUUUCACUCGUUAGCGUCCUUAUCAAGCGAAGUUCCUAUAUUGUCAUGCAGCGGCUUAACAAAACGAUUUUUAGUACCAGGUUGGCGUAUGGGCUGGAUAAUCAUCCACGAUCGUGAAAACGUUCUAGACAAAGAGAUACGAAAAGCUCUUCACUGCCUGAGCCAGAGGAUUAUCGGUAGUAACACACUUAUUCAGGGUGCUCUGCCAGCGAUUUUGAGAAACACGCCACAGAAAUUUUACGACGAUAUCAUGCGUACCUUACAUAAUCACUCAAAACUGGCGUACAAUAGCGUACUAAAAAUUCCUGGAUUGAAACCAAUAAUGCCAACGGGCGCAAUGUAUAUGAUGGUUUACAUAGAUCUAGCCUCUUUUCCGGGAUUUAAUUCGGAUCUUGAAUUCGUGCAGCGAUUGCUAAUAGAGGAGUCCGUGUUUUGCCUUCCUGGCCAGGUACGCCGUUUAAAUUCAGUAUCCACUCGUUCGGUAUUGUCCGUUGAUUACAUGGUGUUUGGCCCUUUUCUAACAGUGCUUCGAUUAUCCCUCCUACAUGAGGCUGGUCAUCACGGUGCCUGUGGACAUGCUAGAGGAGGCUUGCCAAAGGAUCCAGGACUUCUGCGAAAGGCACCAUUACAAGACCGCUGAAAAUAUGCGAAAGGACAGUUUGUCUGACUCGGAAAUUCCUUACUGAAAAAUACAUUUUUGAUGGAAUAUAUAUUGUAACUAAGGAAAACGUUAUUGGAUGUCGAAUUAAAGCAGUUUUGACAGUCAAAUAUUCGAAUUGAAGAGUCAUUGGGAUGCAGAUCUGUGUCCUGGAUAAGGCAACAUAUUUCUGAAAUAUACUGCAUUUUAGAAUUUUUUCUAACAGUUCGAAUAAAUUGCAAUUAUAGUUUGCUAUAAUAUUCAGUCAUAAGUUAAUUUUACAAUUGUAUUAUUGAACGUAGUGGCAUUCACGAUACUCCAAUCCUUUCUACAAGCAUGCAAAACGUAUAAGUGGAUUUUGCAUUCUUUUCCAUACAUGUACAUACUUAUAUUCGUCAAAGAAAAAUGUCAAAAAUAAGGAAAUAUUUUAGUUUCAUUCUUUACAUGCUGAGGAAUGAAAGAAGCACUGAUCAUUUAUCCAAAAAAUAGUGGAAUGAUAGUUACAAUUCUUCUAUCUCGUUUUCUUUUGUUGAUGAUUUGUUAGUAAAGUAAACGUUCAAGUAAUUAGUAAUCAAAAUUGAAGUGUUGCGACAUGUCGUGGAGAUCAUCGGACGUACGAGAUUAUUCUAUAACAUACUACUUAUAUUCAGAAUAAUUAAAAAUCAAUAUUUGUAUAUUUUAGAAGUGAUACAAUUUUUACUAAUUUAGCAUAAAUACAGUAAAAUAAACAUGACUGUGGCAUACUUAAUUAUUACAUCUGCAAUUUCAAAAUAACACGUAUCACAUGUUCUUAAUUUCAAAACACCGUAAUGAAAACUUUUAUGUGCCGAUAAGCGACUAGAUUUCGGAACUGUUGCAUUUCAUUUUUGGGACGAAAAUGUGCUGUAAUGCAUAUUUGUAUCUGUAAAUGUAGAUUUUACUUCACAGAUCCAGAAUUACAUAUAAACUAAAACUUUCCGAAAAUGUGACUUAUGUUGUUUUGCCAUGUAAUAUAAAUAUCUAAUUCGAUUGCAAAAAACAGAACCGUGGUAAAUUUUGUGAAUUGAUGUUCUCUAAUUAUAUGCAUCAACCAAAUGUAACUCACAUCUGUGUCAAACAUAAUAGACCAAUACGUUAAUUGUUUAAUUACAUAAUCAAGCAGUAACAUUGAAGAUACUACCGAAAGUGUAGAUGAAUGGAUAACAAAGACUAGAACUUUUCUACUAUUAGCCCCUUAAAUAAAAACCUUUUCCUUUCCUAAUAGUAUGCAGAUUUCUUUCAAAUAUUAUGUACAUAUUAAGUAAAUAAUAAAGAAUAAUAUUAAUAAGCAAAAUUGUUGACGAAGUGAGGUAUUUUCUUAAAUAAACUUUAUUGAAUUGUUAUAACAGGCUAAUUAUUUAAUAAAUCAUAUCAGGAGAAAUAAAUAUUUUGAAAUAGAUAAAUUUGAUUUUAACUAGUUCUGAGAACAAGCCACAGAAACGAUAUUCAACAAAAAGGAAUGUCAUCGAUUGUAAAACAAAUAAUGAAUAUUCUGAAGUCUUCUAUACUUCUCGUAUAAUUUUUAUUACAAUUACGAAAUUACGACAAAGGAACAAUAAAUUCUUAAACGUUGUAAAUAAUUUUAAGAGAAUUUCACUACUAGCAAAACAUACUUACGUAACUUUGUAACAUUUGAUAACACCUGCCACAUCUUUGGAGCACUUCUUGCAUCCUACAAUACAAUUACGGCCACACGUUUCGGAGCGAAGUAGAAAAGAUCUGGAAUUUCAAUUAUCUGUUGUUUCCUUGAUCUUCUUCAACACGUUGGUUAUCUAAAUUUGAAUUUACAUAAAAAGAGAAAAUGAUUUUUAAGAAUAAUAGUAGAUCCUUCUUUUAAGAUAGUCAUUUUUCUAAUUUAAAAAUAAUUUCUAAAUGAAUUUAUAUAAUAAUAAUAAUGAAUAUUCUAUUUUAAAUGGACAUGACCAUACAUAAAACGUUUAGUAAUUGUGAAUGCGUUAAGUUUCCACUACGCACUGUUUCUAACCAAAUUUAAAUUAUAACCUCACUAUUUUUUUGUUUGAAUAUAUAGGUAGUUACUAAACUAUCAUGUAUUUUCAUUUAUUUAUUUAUUUAUAGGAAUAGGUUACAAUAUUAUAAAAAGAAACUCCGAAAGUUAUUAAAAUUUGUUAAUCGUACAUAUUAAUGUGAAUAAAUAGAAUUGCAUGCUUUUAUGUGAAUACUUAUUGUAUAGAAAAAUCUAACAUUGUGGAAAAGAUAAUAAAGCUAAGCUAUUUAUUGUUAUGUAUGCAAAUUUUUGCUUUAUAAUACAGACUAACUUGUAAAGUGUAUAGUAAUAAAGCGGAAAAUGUUACAAGUCCUGGGUAUCUAAUAACGUGUCCGCCAAAUCUAAUCUAAUUAACCUGGGGCAAUAUUUCCUGAAUUAACGUGCGAAUAAGUGAAUUUAUUUAAUAACUCUUUACAGAAACAUUUUUAUGAUCUUUAUAAUGACAAAAUACGAUGAAAUAUUUUUUGAAAAUUAAUGUUUGUACUUGACUUUGAAAUUUUAUUAUAAUCUACAUUAUAUUAUAAUUUAAUAUUAUUUGCGGAAUACUUAGCAUAUUCUGCAUGUCACUGUUUACUUGAACAUCGUGCACAGUCGCUAUUAUAGAAGUUCCAUUAUUGUGUACUUUAUAGUACAAAGCCUCGAAUGAGCUUUUAGCACGUGAGUGUCAACAUCUUUAUAUUACAUAGUCUAACAGACUUAUCUCGUACCUUCAUAACGUAAAUAAAAGAUAGAUUAUACAGAUCAAUUUUAAAGAAUUUAAUCCUACAAAUUAUAAAAAAGGUUAAUGUUUCUCAUUUUAUUCCUCAACCAAGUACUGCCUUAUUACUGACCAAUAAAUAAUUGCAGACACAGAACUUUUUGUAUUCGCCACCAUAGGAGUCCUAAAACUACAGCUUUCCCGUGGCUACACAACUCGUCACUGAUUUCUAUGCAUUAUACAUGUACCGUCUCAAAUUUGCUAAUCGACGGUAACGUGCUAACUCGUUAAAUACAUUCACCAGUUCCUCAGAUUCAGUCUUUGUUUCUUUCUGCAUUUAUCGAAGAAGUAUUGACUUUAAUUACGUCCUGUAGUAUCUGCAGCAAUAUCAAUUACACCUUAUUUAUGUUUAUUACAAUGUAAUUCAUCUGAAAUCUUUAUUAUUUAGCUUCAACUAGACUUGCAUGAAUUUUAAGUAUGGAAAAAUCAGCCUAUUAACGGAUGUAGGGAGUACUUCCUUUUGAAAGAGUGAUUGAUAAAUAGGUUCUACUUUCUUCUUUUUAAAAGAGAAAUCAAGGUAUAAACUGUAUUAAUGCAAUAACAUAUUUUCCUGAAUGUCAGAUAAAAUGAUUUUAUAAGGUAGUUACGUUCAAUUAGAAUAGAUUGAUCUUUUAAAUAGAUAUUCCAGGUUUGGUAAUAAUCCUACUCCAUUUAAAUUUAAACAAAUAUAAAAAGUCAAUUAUUCUUAUAAUGCGGUCGUUAUUACUUGGCUGAAGACAUCUAAACGAACAUGUAAAUUUAUACAAUAGAAAGUACGAACUUUUGAAGAAAUUAAUUUUUAUUUUUUAUUUAUUUCUUUUACAUUAAGGAGUUAAGAGCUCAUUUUAAUUACUAUUCUAGUUAGAUAUACAGAAAAUAUUAAUAGGAAUGGAAUAAUCUUUCCAACAAUAAAGUCAAUUGAUUGGUAUUUGAGGUAUACUAAUAAUCACUCUUCUGAAAAUUAUUUAAUUAAACUGCAGUUUUUGUUCAACAUACUACAACAGUCCUUCUUCCUUCUUAAGAAUUUGGUAUUCUUUAGAAUUUUCGUUCUGGUAUUUUUUUUAAAUAAGGACAACACACAGUGUACGAUUGUAACUUUAAAAAGUAUUAAGAAUUCUCGUGUUAUUAAGGCUUACAAUAAAGGUCAAAAUUUAUGCUUUAUUAGAAGGACGGAAUCAUGAAGCAAGACGGAUUGUUGAAGUACAAUAAGGUGGUAAAUCGCUGCAAACAAAAAACCGUUAACACUUUCUUGUAAACACACCAGUGAAGCAAGUACGAAUAAAGACCAUUUCGAGAAUAUCAGUGCUACAAACUGUACGAGCCUCAAAUUGCGACGAUUUUUCCAAAUUUUCUACCAACAAUUUCAGAAUAUUUAAAGCAUAAAGUAGUUUGUUUGUGCGUAUAUAUUUAGAAAGCAAAAAAGUAAGUAAAUUUACUUUUCUAAUCGCACUUUCAUAUUUCAAUCAUUUUUGUUGGCAGAUAAUUAACAUUAUUUUACAAAAAACUUUGGAAAAAAUGUUAAAUACAUUUUGGGGUAAAAUGAUGUUGUGUUCAUUUCAUUCCGAUAAAGUGACAUUUUCUACGAAUUUUGUCUCAUAUAUUACAAGAUUAUUUGUUUCUAUAUGAUAGUAUAUAUAUACCUAGUAUAAUAUAUCUAUUUUGUAUACUUUUUAUAAUAUUACAGGUACCCAUAAGUAAUGUCGUUCCUUGAAACCAAAGUUUAUUUAAAUGUUUUAAAUUGUACAUAAAAUACUUAGUCAAUAAGAUAGUCACCAUAAUUGUAGGCUCCUUUUAUAAAAAUCCCUUGAUUUUUCAUUAAAAUACUUUUGUAUUCCGUUUUUGACAUCUUCAUAAUUGGAAAAUUUUGUAUUAUCUAAAAAAUUCUCUGGGGAUCUAAAUAAAUAAAAAUCGGGUGGCAUUAAGACAGGAGAGCAUGGUGGAUGUACCAAAGUUUCCCAAUCAAGUUCUCUGACAUUUUUCUGCGUGAUUUUCACAGGGUGCGGCCUUACACAGCCGUGCUGCAGUAUGACAGCCUUUCUGUUAACCAAAGCAGGAAGUAUUUUUGUAGUUGCACUACUUAAGCGUAUUAGUAGUUCUUAAUAAAGGCUGACAGUAAUAGUAUUUCUAGGUUUUGAAGGUUCAAAAUGAAUAACUUCCAACAAAAUCAACCAUACACGCAACAACACUUUAUUCGUAUGAAUAUUCGAGUUUGGAGUUGCAAUCGAUGUAUUACUUGAAGGUGAUCAUUAUGGUUUCCGCUUUGAACUAUCAUAUACAAACCAUUUUUCGUCCCCCGUAACUAAGUGAUCCAAAAAGGGCUCUGCUUUAUGUCUAACGAGUAACGAAUUCCAUAUAACAACUUUCGUUGCUCGAUUGUCUGCACUAAGGACACGCGGGAUCCAUUUUCCGCAUCGCCAUACCUUUUUAAUUUUGUAAAGAAGUUUUUGAACUAUAGAACACAAUACACCAUGCGCUUUUGCAAUCUUUCCAAUUGCCAAACUCGGAUCUUUCUCAACUACAGCCGUCAACUCGUCAUCUUUAAGAACAGACGGACUUCCUGACCUCUCAUCGUCUUGCUUUACGAAAUUCAUAAAGCAUAUAAUGACGCAUAUGCUCCUUCAUCGAUUUAUCUGAACUUAUUCUUUUUAAAUGAUAUUCAAUCUGGCAGUAAACUUAA